AUGAAGUUUUUAUGUCUCCCAGGAGGGUUCAGUUCUACCACUAAUUUUAAAGCUCAAAUAGCGCCAUUCACCAACUCCUUCACGUCUGGGGGAGAUAUCAGCUUCCAUUAUGUUCAGGGAACAAUUGACAUGGCUGUCCCACCCGAGUUUGAAGGAUUCUUUGGCCCGCCACCCCAUUACUCCUUCGUUCAAGCUGAUGGCCGAGAGGGCAUGGUCAUGAACAUGAGAGAUUUCCCGAAACGUAACACCCCAGAAGAAGCCGUGAAAGAUGCCCUCAAGAUCUCUGGAGAUCCCACUUACUCCUGUGUCAAGGAAGUCAUGGAGCGUCUCAUUGGCGUUCUCGAUAGUGAGGGCGACAUCGAGGGGGUGAUUGGAUAUUCCGAAGGCGCCCAAGUCGCAGCAUCACUUCUAAUGGAAGAAAAACGGCGAGCAGACCUUGGCCGCACGCCUCGCAUCAAAUGUGCACUCCUCUUCCAUGGCUGGCCACCUAUCGACCCGGUCAGCGGCAAGAUGGUUGUCAUCGAUGACUUCGAGACAGAACCGAUCACCAUCCCGACCUGCCACGUCAUUGGCGCCAUAGAUCCGUUCCUUGAUGGUUCAAUGGCCUUGUACAACAUGUGUGAUCCUGACACCGCAGAUCUGUUCGACCAUGGGGGUGGCCAUGUUCUUCCACGAGCCAAGCAUUACUGCGACGAGCUCUCUGCAGUUGUCCAUGAGAUGAUAAAUUCUGUAUCUUGA